UUCCGGUUACUAAGGAGUAGCCCGUGGGACAAAAUGUCGUACAUCUUCCCGAAGAGGGCUGGUGUGUCGCUCAAGCAGGUGAAGACCGUCCUGGUCACUUUUUGUCCUUUCGAGUCCAAUGUGCAAAGCACCAGAAAUUUUCUUCAAUGUCUAUUUGAAAAGAAGGCAUAUAAAUCAAACUUGAACUGUAAUGUGAAAACAGAAGUAAAACAUGAUGGAUCUGAACCAGUUAUAGACAUCACAUUUGCUGAUGGUGAGAGAUUGAUUAUGAAAGGAGCCAAUUUAACCACUAAAGAGAUGUUAAAUGCAUUCAACUUUAGAUGUCAAAAGAAAGAAUUUGCAUUGGCAGAAUAGCCAUCGCCAUAGACUACUUGAAAUUGACAGUAGAAGAGUUUGCAUCAAUAAUAUAAAUGCGUAAAAAUCUGCAUGAAACUACUUUCAGAAAAAUGGCAAGGACUUUCCUCAUAACUGAAAGAAAUCUGAAGUGGCUAUAGAGAGGAGGCAAACUGAUUCUGGUUUUAAAAAAUGCUUUUUGGACUUUUGAUUAAAGAUUAAACUCUUAACACUU